AUGGUCAAUAAAUCUUCUCUCAUUUUUUUAUCUCUUACUGCCGCAUUAGAUUUGGUACUUGCUAGUUCUGUUCAGAUCACUUCUCCUAAAGUCAAUGCUGUUUAUGAAGCAGGAUCUACCGUUGAUAUCAAGUGGCACGUUAAUGAUAAAUCGGCAGGCCCUAUUCGUCUUCAAUACGCUUCUGGAAAGGCAUCUUCUUUAAACGUUGAUGGUGUCAUUGCUGAUAACGUUGAUGCUUCUCUUGGAACUUACAAGUGGACGAUUCCUAAGGAUAUCAAGCCAAAGAAAUAUGUUCUUGAAGCCGGUCCUAAUGCAAAGGAUCUUUCUUUCCAAGGCUACAUCACCAUCAAGAAAGCUUCGAAGCAUAAAAAGACAACAACUAAAAAGACGACUAAAAAGACAACAAAAAAGACAACCACCAAAAAGACCAAGGCCACCAAGAAGGGCGCCGCCUCAGCUGUUUGUAUCGGCUACCCCAGUGAGCAGGACAAGGGAGAAUACGUUCGUUGCCAUUCAAUUCCAAAGCCCGUUGCUGCUAGCCACAAGAAAAAGAAGCAUACAACCACCAAGAAGCACACAGUUGCCAAGAAGAAGAAGACGACCAAAAAGACAACCAAGAAACCAAAGAAGGUUGUUACAGCUUAA